UUCGCGCCGGCGGAGGCAGAGAGGGAGCGGGAGGCGUCUGCUUCGGCGUCGGGGCUGCCGCGAUGUGGUCCGGGCGGUGAGCGGUCGGAGGAUGGAGGGCGCCCUGGACGCCCAGUCCCUGAUCAGCCUCUCCCUGCGCAAGAUCCACUCCUCGCGGAGCCAGCGCGGCGGCAUCAAGCUCCACAAGAACCUGCUGGUCUCCUACGUCCUCCGCAACGCCAGGCAGCUCUACCUCAGCCAGCGCUACGCCGAGCUCUGCCGGAGGCAGCAGCAGCAGCACCCGCAGCUCCACUACCAGCCCUUCCCGGGGGCCCCGACGGCGGGCAACGACUUCCACAUCCCCGACGACGAAGGGGACGCCUCCGACGACUACCCUCCUCCUCACCCCCAUCAUCAGCUCCGGAGCUGCUCUUUGCUGGGGAGGAGCAGCGAAGCCAUGGAGGACCUGCCCGCCCCGUCGGGGAUGAGGGGAGAAGCCUUGGCGCCUUUCUACCCGCAUCGGCCCCUGCCUCCGGGGUCCCCCCUUCCUCCUCCUCCUCCAUACGACUUCUCCUCCCUCCAUGCCCAGCCUCCUCCUUUGCCGUCGGGGCACGGCUCCCCCACUCCUGCCUUCCCCCCUCCUCCUCCUCCGCCUUGCCCCAGCCGGACCACCGUCCUGGACCUGGACACCCACGUGGUCACCACCGUUGACAACGGCUACCUCCACCAGGACUGUGGCUGCGCCCAGUGCCCACCCGUCGGGGCUGGCACCCACCCCGCCGCCCCUCCUCCUCCUCUUCCUCCUCCUCCAUCCCCGCUCUCUCUCCUCCAAACCAAACGCAGAUACGUCCAGGAUGUCAGCAUCCCCCCCAACGGCCCGGAAAGAGGCGCCGUCGAGGUUGUGUUGGGUGCUCCUUUCCCCUUCAAACGCAAGUACGACGACCCUGACUCCUCGACGGGGGACCCUCCCAGGGACCACAUUACGCCUCCCACCCGGGACCCUUGCCCCAAACGCGCCCGGUUGGAGGACUUCUCCGAGCCUCAGUCAUCGUCGUCGAACAUUUCCAACUUGAUCUCGAUCUUCGGCUCGGGCUUCACGGGUUUGGUAGGGCGGCAACAGCAGCAACAGCAAGUUCUCUUACAGCAGCAGCAGCAGCCGCCCUCUCCGUCGGCGCAGCAAGUCUGGCAUCAGCAAGUACCGCAAGCGUCUUCAUGCUCGACAGCAACAGCAGCAGCAGCGCAGCCUAUUGAUCCUGAGCAGCAGCAGCAGCAUCUCAAUGGACAGCUCUGUAGCAAGCAAGCCCUGGCCAGCCUGGGCGCCUGGACGCGAGCCAUUGUGGCCUUUUAACACAACACACACACACACAUAUAUAUAUAUAAGGGGGACACCCCAAAAAAUUUGGGGGGUCACCCCCAUUUUAAAAAAUAAGACUCCUGGACCCUCUUUUUUUAGGGAGAUCAGGAACGAUGGGUUAAGUUUCUGCUUUGGGAACACCCCCCAAAAAGACUGGGAAUGUUUUGGGGUUUGGCACCAGGACUCCCCCCCUCAUCCAAGGCGAAGCGAAUGUUUUAUAUGAAUUGAAAUAAAAUAAUAAUAAUAAUUGUACCAUAAUAGGGGGGAUCUUUUUUGUUGUUGUUGUUGUUGUUGGAAGGGGGGUGACACAACACAAAAUCUAAACUGGGGGUGUCUUUAUUUUUGCAGGCUUUGGAGGGAAAGGUAGGCUUCGGGGGUUUGGAAAACCCCAAGCAAAAGUCUUCUUCCACCACCAAGAAGGAAGUCUCCCUAAAAGAUACUGAACUCCUUUUCUGUGUGUAUGAGUGUGACUGUGUUUUUGUUGUGUUUCUGACCACUUUUGGGGCAGGUUUUGGAGGGCUAGGCUGGGGGUUGGAGGUCAGGAUUUUAGUUCAUAGGUUUUUUUGGGGGGAAAGGAUGGAAAGAAAGGAAAAGAAGCAAAUGUGUGCAAAGAGUGUGCAACACUUUUUGGGGGGCAUUAUUUGCCAGACAUUGGGUUUUUGGGGGGGAUCCUAAUAGGAAAAGGGAAAAUUUAUACACAAGUUUUGUUCAGUCUUUUUUCCCACCCCAAAGUCUAGUCUUUCUGAUUCGACGAAGCCAGAAAAACCAGAUUUUGGGGGGAUGUUUUGCACCCCGUCCCACCUCUAAAAUAACCUGGCUGGGUUGACUUUUUUCAUCCGGACCCAGAAAAAUCAGAUUGGGGGGGUUUCUUCUGCACCCCUUCGUCCCCCAAGAUAACCUACUUGGCUUGGCUUUUUCUUUUCAUUUGAAACCAGGAUAA